AUGGCUUCUGCUAUGGUUCUACCACCACCCUCAUACUCAUCAAUGGGAUCUGAUCACAAAAACCUCUACGAACAACCAAUGACUUGCGAUGACGAAGAUUUAUAUAGUCAUCUUAAACAUCUUCAAAGACAACUUGAAUUCAUAGAUAUUCAAGAAGAAUAUGUGAAAGAUGAACUGAAAAAUCUAAAGAGAGAAUUACUUAGAGCACAAGAAGAGGUUAAAAGGAUCAAAUCAGUUCCUACUAUUAUUGGUCAAUUUAUGGAAAUGGUUGAUCAAAAUAAUGGGAUUGUUGGUUCAACUACCGGCUCUAAUUAUUACGUCAGGAUUUUAAGCACUAUUAAUAGAGAGUUAUUGAAACCUUCUGCUUCUGUUGCUUUACAUCGUCAUUCACAUGCUCUCGUUGAGGUUUUACCUCCUGAAGCUAAUUCAAGUAUUUCUUUGCUUACUCAAUCUGAGAAGCCAGAUAUUACUUACAAUGAUAUUGGAGGUUGCGACAUUCAAAAACAAGAAAUACGAGAGGCUGUUGAGUUACCACUUACGCAUCACGAGCUAUACCAACAGAUUGGUAUUGAUCCACCUCGGGGUGUUCUGCUGGAUGGUCCUCCUGGUACUGGUAAAACUAUGCUUGCCAAAGCUGUUGCAAAUCAUACAACUGCUGCUUUCAUUCGAGUCUCUGGUUCUGAAUUCGUGCAGAAGUACCUAGGAGAGGGUCCAAGAAUGGUCCGUGAUGUAUUCCGUCUUGCAAAAGAGAAUGCUCCUGCUAUCAUCUUUAUUGAUGAAGUAGAUGCCAUUGCUACUGCUAGGUUUGAUGCCCAAACUGGAGGGGAUAGAGAAGUUCAGCGAAUUCUCAUGGAGCUCCUGAAUCAGAUGGAUGGAUUUGACCAAACAGUGAACGUUAAGGUCAUAAUGGCAACUAAUCGAGCUGACACAUUGGAUCCUGCACUUCUAAGGCCUGGUAGACUUGACAGAAAAAUUAAAUUUCCUCUUCCUGAUAGACGGCAAAAGCGACUGGUGUUCCAAGUAUGCACUGCAAAGAUGAACUUGAGCGAUGAGGUAGAUCUAGAAGACUAUGUCUCUCGUCCAGAUAAAAUUAGUGCUGCAGAGAUAUCUGCUAUCUGUCAAGAAGCUGGAAUGCAUGCUGUUCGCAAGAACCGAUAUGUUAUUCUUCCCAAGGAUUUCGAGAAGGGAUACAGGACGAAUGUUAAGAAGCCAGAAACAGAUUUCGAUUUCUACAAGUGA